GGCCUGGUGCUAACCUCCUCCAAUAUCAUUUCAAUUUCUAGAGAGAGAAAGAGAGAGAAACAAUGGAGGGAGAGAUCCUCAACUUCAUCAAGGUCUGGUUAACAGUCUGUAUCUCUCUCUGUUACUGCCACGCCACCGGAAAACUUCUCGCUCCUGGCCCCGGCAGGUUCCUCGCCGUCGCCCCCAUCGUCGUCCUCUUCUUUCUCCUUCCUCUGCAACUCACCUCCAUCCACCUCGGCGGCUCUACCUCCUUCUUCAUCGCUUGGCUCGCCAACUUCAAGCUCCUCCUCUUCGCUGCCGGCGAUGGCCCUCUAUCCGCCGAACCGCCGCUCCCUCUCCGCCGAUUUCUCGCUCUCUCUUGCUUGCCGAUCAAGAUCCUCCAAAACGAGAAAUCGUGCCCUAAUAAUAAUCGAUCCGAUACAACCCUAAAACCUAAAUCGUUCCUCAACUACUCGAUUAAAGCCGUAAUCGUUGCUCUGAUGGUGAAAUUGUACGAUUACUCUGAGUUUAUUCACCCGAAAGUUGUUCUGUUCAUCUAUAGUUGGCAUCUUUACUUUCUUCUGGAGAUUAUAUUAGCCAUUACGCAGUUUUUCGGCCGGAACGUUCUCGGAAUCGAGUUGGAGCCGCAGUUUCAAGAUCCGUAUUUCUCGACUUCGCUUCAGGAUUUUUGGGGGCGGCGGUGGAAUCUGAUGGCAACGAACAUUCUUCAGCCGACAGUUUACAAGCCGUCGGUGAAGAUCGCUGCCAAGGUAAUCGGGCGUAAGUGGGCACCGUUGCCGGCGGUGAUGGCGACGUUUUUAGUAUCGGCGAUGAUGCACGAACUGAUAUUUUACUAUAUGGGCCGAAUGAGGCCCAACUGGGAGUGUACUUGGUUCUUUGUUAUCCAUGGCGUUGCUUUGACGGUGGAGAUUAUGGUGAAGAAGGUGUUGCCGGAGAAGUGGCGGCUGCCUCCGGCAGUGUCAGUGCCGGUGACUCUGGCUUUCAUCUUCCCGACUGCGAUUUGGUUGUUUUUCCCGCAGUUCGUGAGGUUGAAGUUGGACGUGAGGGCGUUUGAAGAGUACGCCGCGUUGGUCACUUUUGUAAAGAACGUCGCUUUCUCAUUGGUCGGUUGAUUUAUUUUUGUUUUCUUUUUCUAAAUAACAAUUUAAAAAUGUCACUGGCACCGCCAGUAGCAGGUGGUAAUAAAAAAAUUGCAAAACAGGGGCCGACAUUUACUGCUCCACGUGUUAUGCCUUUUUCUAUAAAUAAAAUAAAAUAAAAAACCUAAAUUCCA